CGCAGUGGCAGCCGGGACGUCGGCGGACUGUGUGACUGCGCUCAGGAAGGUGCGUGUCCCCAGUGUCCGCUCCGGUCGCCCGGUUAGGAAUGCGCUUACGAACCUGGCGUGUGCUGUAAUAUUUGAUUAAUCACCAGUGAAGACCGAGGUCUAAAGUAGAGUAAUGGUUUGUAAUUGCGUGUACAACUAGAACCGUUAGCGUUGAGCCUUGAUUCAUUGAGCUAGCUGUCGUUAGCGCGCUUCGUUGAUUCAUAGCACGCUAAGUGGCUAUUCACAGCUACUAGCCGGCUAGCUGCUAGUAGGCUAGUUCAAGUGAGCUGCUGACCAAUCCAGUCGAACAGGAGAGAACCAGACUGACUGCUGAGCCCAGCCGGUAUUUCGCAGAGAGGAGGUGGUGGCUGGUGGGGGCCGGGAGAACGCGACGGGGUGGAAGUGAGUCAGGAGCGGCUGAUGAGUUCAGACCAGAGCGGAGAGCCGCCGCUGCUGCAGGAGGAGGCUGAUCCGGGACCGAAGACCGGUGGGAAGGACGAGGCUCCGCUGGGGAGCGAGGGAGGGACGGGCGGCAUGGUCACCUCUAAGGGCGCCGGCUUGAACCCAAAUGCCAAGGUAUGGCAGGAGAUGCCUGUGGUCCCCAGUGAGGCAGUUACCAACAGCCCUCACUGGCCCCCCUCUGACAUCAGUGAUGGUUAUUCUGAGCAGCCGUCUGCUGGGUGCAAGCAGUACACUGUGGGAUUCACAGCCCUGGAUGACAGCAGCUCCACAGCAACAGCUGAGAUAGCAGUAAAUGGAAUGGACCCUCCAGACUUGGGCUUUUCUCCCGCCGAGUCCACCACAGGGACCUCAGUGGAUUCCAAAACAGAAGAACAGCCCAUCUCCACUGAGGGUUUACGAGAGUCUCUGAAGAAAGAGCUGGAGUUUUAUUUUUCUAGAGAAAACCUCUCUAAGGAUUUGUACCUGAUGUCCCAGAUGGACAGUGACCAGUUUGUCCCCAUUUGGACAAUAGCCAGCAUGGAAGGCAUCAAAGCGCUCACCACUGACAUUGACCUCAUCCUUGAUGUGUUGAGAUCUUCUCCUAUGGUACAAGUAGAUGAGAAGGGGGAGAAAGUGCGUCCAAAUCACAAGCGUUGCAUUAUCAUCCUAAGGGAGGUCCCUGAAACCACACCUGUCGAGGAAGUUGAGUCACUGUUCAAAAAUGAUGAUUGUCCAAAGGUGAUCAGUGUGGAGUUUGCACAUAACAACAACUGGUACAUCACAUUCCAAUCAGACACAGAUGCUCAGCAGGCCUACAAGUACUUAAGAGAGGAAGUAAAGACAUUUCAGGGAAAACCCAUCAUGGCCAGGAUAAAGGCCAUCAACACAUUCUUUGCAAAGAAUGGCUACCGUAGCGUGGACAGCAGCCUGUACGCUCAGCAGUCCCAGAGCCAGUCCCAGUACAGUUCUCCUCUCUACAUGCAGCACGUCUACCCCCAGCAGCAGUACCAGCUCUACGGCAUCGUACCCCCCACUUGGACGCCUUCACCUGCACCGUAUUUUGAAACCCCUCUGGCGCCUUUCCCCAAUAGUAGCUUUGUGAAUGGAUUUGGCUCUGCUGGACACUACAAAGCUGGUUCAAAUUCUCUUAAUAUCACUCGUCCCUUCAACAGAAGCCGUGUCCCCCUCUAUUCAAGAAAGAAUGUAAUAAAUGCCUUCAGAAACCAUGUGAAACCCCAGAUGAGAACAAGCGAAGUGACCCCAGCAUCCAUAACUCCUGUCCCUCUAGAGAGUCUGACUGGACUUCGAAGCCCACAGCCUCCUAUUGUCGCCGCUGCUACGACCACUAACCCAGUCCAGACAGCUUCAGACCUGAGCACUGCGUUCUCACAUCUCUCCUCCUCUUCUUCCUCCCUGGAGCCCAGCGAUGACGGCGCCUCAGCUGGACGUGGAAGGCGGAGCACAACCUACAGAGGGACACGGAGGAGGCGGGAGGAUGAACGGCUUGCGAGGCCUGUACCACUAGCAGAGGUCAAGGUUUCUCCACCCAAGUUUGACCUGGCUGCUACCAACUUCCCACCUCUUCCUGGCUGCGUGGUCAGUACACAGGGAGAGCCAGUCCUAGAAAACCGAAUGUCGGAUGUCGUGCGUGGUUUGUACCGGGAAAAGACAGAACAAGCCAAUAAAGAAGCCACUGUGAGUUCAAGCUCAAGCCAAGCGCCAGUUACGGAGGAGUCUGUGGCGGCCUCAUGCCCUGGCCUGGCAGCAUCGAAAUCUGCAACACAACCACUUGCAUCCUCCUUAGCCCCUGGUGUCACUCGUCAGGAGAAGAGGGUUGACAGAGGUGAGACCCCAGCUCCAAAGUCGGUGCAGCGCACACCUGUUCAAACUACUGUAAACCCUGCGUCCACCCAGCCUGUGCCUAGCUCCAGGCCUCAGCCCUCUACUGCAUCUGUUCCAGUGACACCCAGUAGUACACCUGCCCCUGCUACAGCCACAAUUCCCACACCUGCACAGGAGCCGCGUAAGCUCAGCUACGCAGAGGUGUGUCAGCGGCCACCCAAGGACCCUCCGCCUGCAGCCCCUUCCCCGGCUGCCUCUGGAGCUGCAUCGAACCAGCCUUUGCGGGAGUUACGGGUGAACAAGGCUGAUGAGCCGGGCUUCACCAGUGCUCCCGGGGACAAACAAGAGAGAGGCCACGACCGAGAGGGUGGAUGGGAAUGCAAGGAGAGCCGGCCACCGCGCGAACGUGACUCUCAAGGCUACUACCGCAACAAUGGCCCCAGAGGCGCAGCGGGCCUCAAGUUCCGGGACCAGAGACGCCCUGCUCCGGCCCGGCGCAGCUCCCCCCAGGGAGUCUACAGGCACACUGGCAAAGAGCAGAAUAUUCCACCAGUAUCGCCAAAGUAAAAACUUUGAUAUGAAUAGAAAAAAAGAUGUAUGAAUAUAUAUACAAGGAUAUAUAUAAUUAUAUAAAAAUGAUUAACGUAAAAGCAACAACAUUAUGGUAGCCACCUUCCCCCCCUGGAACUUGUCCAAUGAAAAGCUUUUAAAAAUGACAAUAAGACCAGGACAUCCAGGAGUAAUGGGCAAAAUGACACCUCAAGAACUGAAGUCAUUUGAAACGGAAGCAACAGUCUUGUUUUGAUCUCCAGCAUUUUGCUUAAGUGCGAUUGGUCUGGAGAUGAUUUUGUUUAUGCUCUGCUAGGGAUAGGUGGGAUUCUGGGCUCUGUAAAUGGCCCUCUACUGUUUUUGAUUUUAAAGAAUAGAUGUUGGUUUGCUGAACAUUAUGCACAAGAAGAAAAGAACAUGCAUAAGUGUCAUGUACAUAUACAGAGAUAUCACUAACACGCAGUUGAGACAGUUUUUUUUUUUUUUUUUUUUUUUUUUUUUCUUCGUGUGCUUUAGGGUUGUAAGUUUGACUGAAGGGUUGACUGAUGUCUGUGUAUGCUUUGAUUGUUAAACGAUGCUACAGUGUGCUGUUGCAUUACUCCAAUGCAAUAGAUGAUUUCUUUUUUUUUUUUUUUUUUUUCUCCACAUCAGCGAUUCAGAGUCACUGUCCUGGAGUUGGGCAGUGUGGUCUUCUAAUGUAUAUUAAUGAAAUGUGUUCUCUGAUGGUAUUUUGAUCCUGGAUCAUGAUUGGCUUAAAUUGUUAUCAACUACACCACAGUUAGAUGUGUGGUUUUGUUUGAAGAGGAAAUCUACUUUGGGGUCCUCACUUGGUGUCGGCCACAGUGAACUACUACUAGCCUGGUCCAAAGCUUUUCAUGUUAAAUUUUCUUUCUUUUCGAAGCUUUUUUUUUUUUUUUUUUUUUUUGAGGGAACCCACUCCAGUGGGUUCAGAAUAGUGUCCUGUUGAUAAUCAGUCAGGUUCUUUGUUUACAUGUUUGUCUGUUUGGGUAGUGAGGUUUUUCAUGCAAAACAGAACUAGAGGCUAAGAUUUGACUGUUCAGCACGGCUGAUGGUGUAAGUGAGGUUUGGCUUUUCUACGUCAUGAAAGAAUAUCCAGGUUAACCUUAUAUCUGUGAACUGUUCUUAAUAAAGACAUAGUGUCAAACAUAGACUAAGGAUUGACGUUAGCUAGGGACGAUAGCUAGCUACCUAACAUUUGGCAGCCAAGUCAUGGGUAUAGAGAAUUUGAACUUUAUCAUGUGCUACGUGCCAGCUGCCUACGAUCAUAGUGUGGUAGGAUACCGUUUAGAUUUUUAUUGUCUUGGAAACUUUCGGAGCGGAGAAACUGGAUUUUGAAGAAGCUGUAGAGGUGUAGUCGCCUAUGUUAUAUUGUGAUAACCCUUCACUAAAAAUGUGUGUGGGAGAAUGUAAUCCUAGUACUGAGCUUACAGGAGAAGGCUUGACCGCGGGUAUCAGCCAGAUUGUUUUGCUUUUAGGGUGAGUUUGAGAUUUCCUGAUUGUUAUUUUUUUGUUGUUAUUGUUUUGGGUUUUUUCUUUUUCUUUUUUUUUUUUUUUUUUUAAAUUUCUUUUUGAAAAACAGUCUGACUUAGAAUUUGGAGUUUGACUUUGCUGUAUGUGUUGCUUUUUAAAUGUAUUUAUUUUAAUUCUGUUGCGCAACGCUUUUCUCCCAAUCUUGGUAGGCUGGUUUCCCCAAAGUUGUGUGAAAUCGCAUUGGCAAAAUAAAAUCACGCAUAUGACAUUUGGUUCGAGAUGUCAGCCGAGAAAAAAUACUUGAUGCAUUGACUUUGGGUUUGGUAAUGCAGUAAACGAGUAACCAAUCACUGGGGCUGUUUUUCUUUUUCCUUCAUUAAUGAGUAUGAGCAGCUAGUGAUUUAGUAUAAUUAAAAAAAUGCACUAACUUGUUUUUAAAAUGAAACUUACUCAUGAGUAAUGUGAAGUCAUUUUAGAUGCAUAUGGUUGCUGUUGACAGGCUUGCAAAUACCUACAGGAAUUGCUUCCUCCCUCCAUAUGUUUGGGUUAUUUUCUGUUAAUUUGGGUUGGGUGGCAAAAGGAAAUAUAGCAAUGAAUUAACAAAGUGUUUGAGACACAAUCCUAGAACUGUAUGAAAUGUCACCAAAAAUAAAUUAUUUUGAUUUGG